CCCAUUUGCUUAGAGGCCCUUGGAGGAGGAGGAGAGAGAACCUCUUGCAGAACCCAGGCUCGUCCCCAGUGCUCAGGGUCCCGCCCGACGGCUGUCCCCCAGGCCCAGCCAGAGCCAUGGAUAAAUUUCGCAUGCUCUUCCAGCACUUCCAGUCCAGCUCAGAGUCGGUGAUGAAUGGCAUCUGCCUGCUGCUGGCCGCGGUCACCAUCAAGCUGUACUCGUCCUUUGACUUCAACUGCCCCUGCCUGGCACGCUACAACGCCAUCUACGGCCUGGGCCUGCUGCUGGCGCCCCCACUCGCCCUGUUCCUCUGCGGCCUCCUUGCCAACCGGCAGUCCGUGGUGAUGGUCGAGGAGUGGCGCCGGCCCUCGGGGCACCGGAGGAAGGACCCUGGCAUAAUCAGGUACAUGUGCUUCUCUGUGCUGCAGAGGGCACUGGCCGCCCCCCUGGUCUGGAUCCUGCUGGCCCUCCUUGAUGGGAAGUGCUUCGUGUGUGCCUUCAGCAGCUCUGUGGACCCUGAGAAGUUUCUAGACUUUGCCAACAUGACCCCCAGCCAGGUACAGCUCUUCCUGGCCAAGGUACCCUGCAAAGAGGAUGAGCUGGUCAGGGACAGCUCUGCUCGGAAGGCAGUGUCGCGCUACCUGCGGUGCCUAUCACAGGCCAUCGGCUGGAGCAUCACGCUGCUGCUGAUCGUGGGCGCCUUCCUGGCCCGCUGCCUGAGGCCCUGCUUCGACCAGACCGUCUUCCUGCAGCGCAGGUACUGGAGCAACUACGUGGACCUGGAGCAGAAGCUCUUCGACGAGACGUGCUGUGAGCACGCACGGGACUUCGCGCACCGCUGCGUGCUGCACUUCUUCACCAGCAUGCGGAGCGAGCUGCGGGCGCGCGGGCUGCGCCGGGACGCUGCGGGCGGGGACCCCGCGCCGCUCGACCCCCUCGAGCCCCCAGAACCCACGGAGGGCCUGGACAGUGGGAGCGGGAAGGCCCACCUGCGCGCCAUCUCCAGCCGGGAGCAGGUGGACCGCCUCCUGAGCACCUGGUACUCCAGCAAACCGCCACUCGACCUUGCGGCCUCCCCUGGGCUCUGGGGGGGUGGCCUCAGCCACCGCGCCCCCACCGUGGCCCCUGGCACCAGGCUGUCCCAGCACACCGACGUGUAGGGACCCCGCCCCUCUAACAAGAGUCCAGGGGAUUUCCAGGCCGUGGGGGCUCGAGGCAGGCAGCCUCAGCCUUGCGGCCUCCUUCCUAAAAUAGCCCAAUCUCUACCGAGGUUCCAGCGUGGCCUCAGGUGUGCUUCACAAGCUAGCGAGGACCCAGUUCCCAUGCGGGGCACCCAGGACUGGGUCUGAGAUUCUGCAUUUUUAACAAGCUCGUGGUGAUACCGACUGGUGUUUGGUUGGCAGGCCACACUUUUUGAGUACGGGAGUCUAAACAGAUCUGCCUAGGUUCUGGGCCCUAGAUGUCAAUUCUAAAUAAUAAUAGCAAGGUAUGCUUAUAGUGUGCUUGCUGUGGUGUCAGGUAUUGUUCCAACUUCUCUAUGCAUAUUAACUCAUUGUUGAAGUAGGUAUGAUGAUCAGCCCCAUUUUUUAGAAGAAAAAACUGAGUUUAAGUUGCCUAAGUUCCCCGUGUCAUUUAAUCCCAGGAGGCCUGGCUCUCACUCUGAGCUACCACAUUAGUCUGCUGUCUAGAUAAUUUUGUUUGUGUUUGUUUUUA